UUACUUUAGUUUAUGAUGAUUAUCUUUGUUUCAGCUCAUAAAGGCUUUGGAUUAUUUGAUAUAACUGACAACUGUGUUAUAAAAACAUGGGAAUUGAAGUCUGUUUUGAGUUCACUCGGACAAAAUAUCAUAACAGACGAGAAAUUACGUGGAAUGAUACAAGAAGCUGACGUACAUGGAAAUGGAAUAAUAGAUUUUGACGAAUUUAUAAAAAAGAUGAUUUCGACAAAUGUUAUAAUAGCUAGUGAAUUGUCCAGAGAAGAACUUGCAGCAUAUAAAGAAGCAUUCGGACUGUUUGAUGCAAACGGUGAUGGAGUCAUAUCAACAUGGGAACUAAAAUCUGUAUUGAGAGCACUUGGACAGAAUCCCACCAAUGAGGAAUUGAUUGAGAUGAUACGUGAAGCUGAUCUUGAUGGAAAUGGAAUUAUAGAUUUUGACGAAUUUAUAAAUAUGAUGAUUCGGAGGAACAAUUCGGAGGAAAGUGAUGAAACACUCCGAGAAGCUUUUAACAUUUUUGAUCAUGACAACAACAAUUUCAUUACAUGUGCUGACCUGAGGUACGUCAUCAAGUCUUUGGGAUUGGACAUAUCAGAUGAAACAAUCGAUGAAAUGGUUCGAGAAGCAGACGAAGACGGAAACGGGAAGGUUGGAGUUGAAGAGUUUAUAAAAAUAAUGAGAUCAAAAUGAGUGCUGUCUGCUGCAAACAGAAGAGAAGCUUUAUGCGAGCAUGUCAUUUAAACGUGUGCUUAUAAUUUAAGGCCAUGUAGACUUGAUUCUGAAGAAAUACGCAAUUAGUCUGCAAGUCGUUUUGUUAUUUUUUUUGUUAUUGUUGUUGCUGAACGAUUGUUUUUGAAAAACAAUAUUAAUAUUUUUUUUCAAUAAAUUUUUACAUUGAAAGACUA